GUGGUCGCGUCACUCAGCGUAUUAAACUCGCGUACACGCUAUUAAUAUUUAAUAACACAAAACUGUCAACUAUCAACCUCAUACAUAUUAAUAAUAUUUUAAAUAAAAAGAACUGUUCUUGAACAAGAAAAUGGACUUCAGUGAAGUGAAUUGUUAUUAAGUGUAAAUUUUUACUUCUACGGACUUAGUUUCGGAAAUGGUGGUAUCCACCCACGGGGAGUGUUUAUGAGACGUUCUGUAGUGGAAAAAAAUAUCUGUGAUAAUGAAUAGUGUUGCGGCUGUGCUGUGUGCGCUACUGCACCUGGGCUUGGCUAUAUUUCCUCAUGGAUCUGACAAGUGUCUUCGAGUGAACGACAGAGGCUCUGAUGGUAGUGCGUUGUGCAAAAUACGGACUCUUGAAUCAGAUGGCACCAGUAUAACUACAGUUUCUUCAGAUGUGUAUCGCCUAGCAAUUGAAUGCAAUCAUCUUUUAUCAUUCGAAAGCACGCUAAGGGCACAUUAUUUUAGUUCUGUGGCUGGUCUCACAGAAUUGUCAAUUAGCAACUGCAAAUUACUUCAGAUACCGAAUAAUACGUUCCACGAUUUGAAAAAGCUUAGAAAGCUGAAGAUUCGUUCGAAAAACUUUGAGUGGAGUCCUACCAAGAAUUUGGAGCUAUCUUUAAACUCGUUCCAUGGAUUAUCGGAAUUGCAGGCGCUGGAUCUCGCUCAAAAUAACAUAAAGUUUGUUCCUUCCGGCGUAUUCUGUUCUCUAGAAAACUUGAGCACUCUGAACUUGACGCACAAUAGAAUAAGGACUAUCGGCCAGAUUGGAUUUGGCCAAGGAUGUGGAUUAAAUCUGCUUAACUUGGAUUUAAGCCACAACGAAAUCAAAUCACUGCCUGCUGAGUCUGAACUGUUAAAACUAAGAAGUUUGCAACAUUUAUAUUUACAACACAAUAAUAUUUCAGACAUAUCUAGUGAAGCUUUUGAUGGCCUUGUGUCAAUGAGGGUUUUGAACAUAUCACACAACCGUUUAUAUACUAUACCCGAGGGGAUUUUUGCAAAUGCUCGAGAGCUCAGGGAGAUCUAUUUGAAUGACAACUCCCUGUUUGAACUUGCAAGAGGGAUUUUUAAUCGCCUUGAACAGCUAAUUGUUUUGGACUUAUCGAGCAAUCAACUUACCAGCAAUCAUGUUGACGAUGGAACAUUUCUCGGUCUGAUUCGUCUAAUAGUUUUGAAUUUAUCUAACAAUGCGUUAACGAGGAUUGAUGGGAAAACUUUCAAAGAUUUGUUUGUUCUACAAAUAUUAAACUUAAAAAACAAUUCAAUUGGAUACAUUGAGGACAACGCCUUUUUACCUUUAUAUAACUUACAUACAUUGAAUUUGGCUGAAAAUCGGCUUCAUACCAUCGAUGAAAACUUAUUUAAUGGAUUAUUUGUUCUUAGCAAAUUAACUUUGAAUAAUAAUUUGCUUGUCAAUAUUGAUCGUAAAGCUUUUAAGAACUGCUCGGAUCUCAAAGAACUGGAUUUAAGCUCAAACCAACUACUCGAAGUUCCUAAUGCAUUAUGGGAACUGCCUUUCUUAAAGACCUUGGAUUUAGGCGAGAAUCAAAUAUCGGACUUCAGGAAUGGGUCUUUUAAGAAUCUUAACCAAUUAACUGGAUUACGUCUUAUCGAUAAUCAGAUUGGUAAUUUGAGCGUCGGUAUGUUCUGGGAUUUACCAAGCUUGCAAGUGCUAAAUAUAGCGAAAAACAAAAUCCAAGCCAUAGAAAGAGGUACAUUUACCCGGAAUGGCCAAUUAGAGGCUAUAAGAUUGGAUGGAAAUUUUUUAACAGACGUCAACGGUGUAUUUUCAACACUUUCCAGCUUGUUGUGGCUUAAUUUAUCUGAAAAUCAUCUUGUGUGGUUUGACUAUGCGUUCGUUCCUAGCAAUUUAAAGUGGUUAGACGUUCAUGGUAAUUUUAUAGAACACUUGGGCAACUAUUAUAAACUACAAAAUGAAAUCCGCAUAAAGACUUUAGAUGUUAGUCAUAAUCGUAUAGUGGAAAUCUCACCUAUGGCGAUACCUAAUAGUGUAGAAUUGUUGUUUAUAAAUAAUAACUACUUAAAUAGUAUUCAUGUGAAUACGUUUUUUGAUAAGAAGAAUUUGACUCGCGUGGAUAUGUAUGCGAAUGAACUAGUGCAUUUAGAAUUAAAUAGUUUACGAUUAUCAACGGUGCCCGUAAACAGAACGCUACCAGAGUUUUACGUCGGCGGUAAUCCGUUUCAGUGUGACUGUACAAUGGAGUGGCUACCUAUAAUAAAUAAUAUGACCGCUAUGAGACAGUACCCGCGAGUGAUGGACUUGGAAAAUGUUAUGUGCAAAAUGACAAAUACUCGGAGUGGCACCCAUAUACCACUACCUAAUCUUAAAACAUCGGACUUUUUGUGUGAGUAUGAAACACAUUGUUUUGCAAUAUGUCAUUGUUGUGAUUACGAUGCUUGUGACUGUGAAAUGACUUGUCCUCAAAAUUGUACCUGCUACCACGAUCCGUUAUGGAAUACUAAUGUCGUCGAUUGUUCAGGGCAAUCGUCUAUGGAGAUACCUCAUAAAAUACCUAUGGACGCAACCGAGGUAUUUUUGGAUGGUAAUAAUAUUAAAGAAUUACAAAACCACGUAUUUAUCGGUAGGCAAAAGAUGAGAUCUCUGUAUGUUAAUAAUAGUAAUGUAGAUAGCAUACAAAAUAGAACUUUUGGAGGACUGACCGCUUUAGAAAUAUUACAUUUGGGUAAUAACAAACUUAAGGAACUCAAAGGCUAUGAGUUCCAACAAUUAAAUAGUUUAAAAGAAUUAUUUUUGCAAAAUAACUUGAUAAGUCAUAUCGCAAACAUAUCGUUUUUGUCUUUGAAAUCCUUAGAAAUGUUACGACUAGAUGGUAAUAGAUUAGUAGACUUUGAUGUAUGGUCUUUUAGUAAUAGUCCUCAGUUAAAAGCAUUGUCAUUAGGAAAUAAUCUAUGGUCUUGCAAAUGUAGAUUUUUACAAGAACUAACGUCUUAUUUAGCUGAAAAUGCACAAAAAAUUGUAGAUAUAACUGAUGUAUGGUGCUGGAAUGGUGACGCACGCCCACCUCAGAAAAAAGAGCUUAAUUUGAACGGCACUGCCUGCAGCGACUAUUACGCUGAUAAUAACUCAGCUAUUGGAAGUAUGUUAGUCUCUAAUUAUGUUCCUAUGAUGGUAUCAACUCUCACUGGAUUCAUGUUAAUAUUGUUGGCCCUUGUGGUUCUGUUCCUAUUUAGAGAUUCACUGCGCGUCUGGUUAUACACCAAUUGUGGUAUUCGAGUAUUCGCACUUAACGGGACAUUUGAAGAAAGUGAGAAACUUUAUGAUGCAUAUGUGUGCUACAGCCCUAAAGACGAAGAAUUCGUUGUACAGUCCCUGGCAACUGAAUUAGAAAAUGGAAAUCCAUCGUACCAUCUAUGUCUUCAUUAUAGAGAUAUACCUCACCACGGCGCACAAUACAUGCAAUGUGCGCCGCCGGUGGUCGAAGCGGCGGAAGCAUCUAAACGAGUAAUACUGGUGCUAACAAGAAACUUUAUGCAAACAGAAUGGUCUCGGUACGAAUUCCGACAAGGGCUGCACGAAGCACUAAAAGGAUGCAUUUAUAAAUUAGUACUAAUAGAAGAAUGUUCUGUUAUUGCGGAUGCAAUGUGUGACCCCGAUUUACGUCCAUACCUAAAAACAGGGACGCGCUUGAGAUGGGGACAAAAGAGAUUUUGGGAGCGGCUCAGGUAUAUAAUGCCCGACGCGACGCACCCUCAUCACAAGACACGACCGCACAAUUAUAGAAAAAAUAUAAAUACGUAUACUUUAGAUUCAUCUGUACCUGGUAGUGGGAACAGAACCCUACAAUUUCCUAAUAAAUCGCCUGUAAUAAGUGGUCCUGUACAAGAUGCUUCUGCUCCUCCUGAGUAUAGUACUGAAGUGAGACAGUCUCCCUCUGCGAUAAGACAAUCGCAAGGAGUAGCAUAUGGUCCUGAUGGAAGACCAAUAUCAGAUCAUAUUUAUUCAUCAAUAGAUUCUGACUAUUCGUCUUUGGAACAUGGCAUGGCGCCGGGAAGGAGACGAGAUCAUAGACAAUGGCCCCCUCCACCUCCCUUAGUUGAUACAGGCAAUGCCGUACAAGCUUACCUAGUCUAGGGUUUACGUCCCCUUCCAGUCAUUGUAAAUAUGUAAUUAGAUAUUUAAACUCUCUGUAAAUGUUGUAAUUAUUAGAAGUAAGUGCUAAACCAAAAUUUAUUUAAGUGAUCUUAUUAUUGCCUAUUUGUUAUUCUGUGCAUAGGUUUCGUAAUAAAUUUAUAAAGACUGCUGUAGCAUAUUGUAAUAUUGUAAAUAGCAAAACCAA